AUGGCAUUGUCCACGUUUGCGUCUGGUCACUCUGUUCUUUUGUACAAAGACGAAGCACAGAAAGAAUUUGUUACAGGAAUACAAUGGCUAGACAAAGCAAUUGGAGUUCUCUGUAAAGCUGAGAUCACUACAACUACACCGGCGAACACUGCGAAAGCAAUUGCCCAGAAUUUGCGUCUCCCAAUACGUCAGGCCCACACACACUUAAACACAGCAUUAAAGUUUUGGGAAGGCGAAAAGGCACGCCAAUGUGAAGAAACUGAGAGACUAAUCUCCUCCAUUAGCAGCUUAAAGAGCAAUGUUUCUGAGAGGAAAAUGAAAGUAGAACAGAUGAAUCAACAACUUCAGGGUCUGAACCAACAAAUUAAAGACAGCGAACAAAAGGUUGAGCAAGCGAAAAAAGCACUCAGUAGUGCUCAGGAUACACUUAACGAUGCUGAAAGAGAGUUGAGAAACAAAAGAAGAGAUCAAGAAGUUGUAGCAGGAGUAGGACUCGCAAUAACACCUAUUCCCAUAGUCGGUUGGAUUGCCGGGCCAACCAUGGUGGUGGUAAGCCUUACGGUACUCAAAGAUAACGUCAAAUCUGCCCAAAGUGGCGUUAGCUCUGCUAAAGAUAACGUGAACGAUUCGGAAAACUGGUUGCAGGCAAAAAAAAGUGAGAAAAACGAUCUUUGCCAACGACUGAAGAGUGAAGAAAAGGAGAAGCAGGUAACAGAGCAGCGAUUACGAGAUCAAGAGCGACAAUUGCAAGAUCUCCAAAUGGCUCAACAAAGGUCCAUCGAACUAAGUGAUAAACUGAUGAGAACGUGCCAUAUAAUGACAAAAAUUUGGGGGAAAAGCCAAGUACUGAAUAACGAAGCUAGCCGUGCAUACUGCUUGGAACCGUUACUCACACCUAUGAAGGAAAUAGUUGACAUGUUUACACCUGAGGAACAGAAAGAGAUAAAACAAAAAACUUUUUUACUGUCGAAAGAAAUCGACUUCUCUUCCAUAACGUGGAAACUGAAAGCUGUUUGUGACGCAAACGAUGAUAGUUCAAUUAUGGCAAUUUUGGACGAAUAUUGCUAA